UCAGGCUUGAGGCUGCACGAAAAAUUGCACCAGAAAUAUUAUUACAAAAUGUGGUCGUCGUGUCAACUCAUCUGGUCGUAUCUAUUAUUAGAAUCGCUUAAUGGACAAGCUGCAUGCUGUAUAGCAGGCAAAUAAAACCAUGGGAGCUUAAAAUAGAAGAGUUAAACCUGAUUAAAAUUCCAGGCCAGAGACAGCCAUCAUAUCCACAGGAAAUUCAAGUUUUGCUUCUGUUGCUAUUGACCAGUCACCAGCAAAAAUCCCUCAUCGCUUGGAUAAACAUCAUCCCGUUUUGGAUUGGAGAAACUUCUGUUGGAGCUCUUUCUCAAAAUCUUCUCUGUCCUCGUGUACUCCCAUGUGAGGUGUGGCUGUAUUCACGAGGACACUCUUUUGCUUUCCUUCCUGGUGGAUUCAAAUCUUCAGCAGACAGAGCACUUUGUGUAUGGAAGCCUGGCUGUAUUUCCCAGGCUGAAAGAUAAACAGCACCCCAUUUCGGAUUAGAGAAUCUUCUGAUGUCGUUCGAGUUCUUCCCCUUUUAAUAUCCUCGUGUACACCCAUGUGAGGUGUGGCUGUAUUCACGAGGACACCCUUUUGCUUUCCCUCCUGGUGGAUUCAACUCUUCAGCAGAUGGAUGAAGCACUUUGUGGAUGGAUGCCUGGCUGUAUUUCCCAGGCUUAAAGGUUUUGUGCUGGGCGCUUCUGAAUAGUUGGCUGAUUCUGGGGUGCAGGUUGACACGGGACUCGACAUCAGCUCA